AUGAGCAAAUCGAAAUCGACAAAAACUACUGCUAGUGGAGCAGCAGCGAUGGCUACCACCACCAGUCGUGUCGGUGAGCUGUCCCAACCUGUGCGUCGGGUGAUACAGAAUUACGUGUUAGUAUGGUUCGACGCCAAUUUUGAUGAAUCUGAUGACGAUUUCAAAAAAUCAUUACAACAUCUUCGAAAAACUGUGGCAUCCAUCGCAACAUUUACAAAUGUUCAAGAAGGCAUUGUUUUUCUCAAUGCAAUAAAAAAAGAAAAGAUAUUUAUGAUCGUAUCUGGUUCAUUGGGACAGCAAAUCGUACCAGAAAUUGAAGCAUGGCCGCGAUUGGAAUCAAUUUAUGUGUUUUGUGGCAAUCGAGAGGUUCAUGAACAAUGGGCCAGAAAAAUACAAAAAGUAAAAGGUGUACAUACAAGCAUCGAACCAAUAUGUGAUGCAUUACAAGUCGAUCGAGAAAAUUGUGAUCGAGCUAUGAUUCCGAUUUCUUUUAAUGGUAUUGAUACUUUAUUUAUGUAUACACAAUUGUUAAAAGAAAUAUUCUUGGAUAUCGAAGAUGACGACACAAAAUUGAUCAAAGAACUCGCGGAAUACUGUCGUCUUCAAAAUGACAUUGAUGAAGACGAAAUUGCGAAGGUCGAACAAGAGUAUCAUGACCAUACACCAAUAUGGUGGUAUACGGCACCAUUUUUUAUGAAUUCGGUGCUCAAUUGUGGUCUCCGACUCAUGGAUGUCGAUAUUGUACUCAGAUUGGGUUUUUUUAUUCGAGAUUUGCAUCAAUAUAUUGACAAUUUAUAUCAAGAACAACAAUCUAACAAGAAGAUUACGACAACGUUCACAGUUUUUCGUGGACAAGGUUUGUCAGUUGAAGUUUUUGAAAAAAUGAAAAAAACCGAAGAUGGCUUAAUGUCUUUCAAUAAUUUUCUUUUAACGAGUGAGAAUCGUCAGGUGUCCCUUCAAUUGGCUCGAGAAGGAGCGGCUACAAAUUCUAAUAUGGUUGGCAUUCUCUUCAUAAUGACUAUUGACCCGACCAUAUCUUCAAAUUCAUCAAUUCCUUACGUCGAUAUCAGCAGGGAAGGAUUCUACGAAAUUAAUGAUACAGAAAUACUUUUUACAACACAUACAAUAUUUCGUAUCGAUCACAUUCAACCAAUCCCCGAUGAUCAUACUGAUCGCCUAUGGCAAGUUAAUCUCACUCUUGUGGGUAAUGACAAUCCCGAAUUAGACAAAAUUACGUCAUCCCUACGCGAAGAGUUCAGUUGUUCAACAGGAUGGUCACGACUGGGUCAUAUACUUAUUCAACUUGGUGAGCCUACAAAAGCAGAACAACUCUAUAAAAUCCUUCUCGAAAAGACAUCUUCUGAUGAAGAGAUAUCGGAUUACAAUCAGCAACUUGGCAGGAUAGCUCGUCGAGCUCUACAAAACUGUACAUAUCAGAAAUUUUUUAAGCCAUUUGUUUCAGAUAAAAAAUUAAAAAAAUUACUUGUAAAACCCUAA